AUGGAGAAUCUCCCAGGUGAAAUUUUAUCAGACGUAUUCAUACGGUUAUUGGCCAAACAACUUGCUCAAAUGAGAUGCGUCUAUAAAUCUUGGAAUGCUCUCUUGUCUGAAUCAUCCUUUAUAAAAUCCCACCCUCGUCAUUCUACCCAUAACAACAAUGAUAUUCUCUUGUUCUUCCAUUGUUCAUUUGUCGAUGAUCUAUUCAUAAGACGCCACUCUUGUUCACCUGAUAUCGAACUCACUCGUUUUUACAAACUUCCGGUUAAUACCCAAUUUGAAAGCAGUAGUUACACUGUCGUCGGAUCUGUGAAUGGCCUAAUAUGCUUUUAUUACAAAUCAUACAAUGAUGAUUAUCUCAUUCAUAUUUGGAACCCUUCUCUCUCCGCUGUAUUAGCUCUCCCCCCAUCUUCAUUGUCCACUCCUAUGUCAAAAAAAAUCUAUUUAAGAUUUGGAUUUGAUCCCAAAACCGAUGAUUACAAAGUUGCUAAGUUUACAAGCCUUUUCCAACAUCCAACGAGGUAG